CGUAUUUGCGAUUGACUGGAUCCCUUCGCGGUCAGAAAAUCCCCAUUCUUUCCUCAUCUAUCUAAACCGGCAGUGAACCUGCGACGGCACUGGCACCACCACCACAGAAAUCAGAGUGGUGAUUUGGAGCUUGAAUUAUUGUUUGUGGUGCGGCGCUUCAUGAAUUUUGAGCGGAAUGGCAAACUAUUUGGGGAAAGGGGCGCCGACGAACGGGUCUGUGUAUGUCUGCAACUUACCUUUUGGUACUGAUGAGACAAUGUUGGCCGAGCACUUCGGCACCAUUGGCUUGCUAAAGAAGGACAAACGAACAGGCCGUCCAAAGAUAUGGCUAUACCAUGAUAAAGUGACAAACGAGCCCAAAGGAGAUGCCACAGUCACUUAUGAGGAUCCUCAUGCUGCACUGGCUGCUGUUGAAUGGUUUAACAACAAAGAUUUUCAUGGAGCCACAAUUGGAGUCUUUAUGGCAGAGUCAAAGAAUAAGGACGACGCCGUGAAUCAUGUCGAUGACCAAACUAUUGUUAACGAUGUCAAUGAUUUGGAGGAAGGAUCCUUGGAUCCGAAUGAUGGGAGCGGAAGAGGUAGAGGGCGAGGGGAUGCUGGGGGGAAGCCAUGGCAACAAGAUGGAGAUUGGUUGUGCACGAAUACAAGUUGUGGCAAUGUGAACUUUGCAUUUCGAGGUGUGUGCAACCGCUGUGGAACUGCACGCCCUGCGGGAGCCUCUGGUGGAGGAGCAGCAGGUGGUGGUCGAGGAAGGGGUCGUGGUAGUAGUGAUGCAGGACCUGGCCGUGCAGUUGGCGCUGCUGGAGGCGGCCUUUUUGGUCCAAAUGAUUGGUCUUGUCCAAUGUGUGGAAAUAUUAAUUGGGCAAAACGCACAAAAUGUAAUAUCUGCAAUACCAAUAAACCUGGAACUAACGAGGGUGGUGUGAGAGGGGGACGUGGUGGAGGGUACAAAGAGCUGGAUGAAGAAGAGAUAGAAGAAACAAAAAGGCGCCGACGAGCAGCUGAAGAAGAUGAUGGUGAAAUGUAUGAUGAGUUUGGCAAUCUUAAGAAAAAGUUCCGUGCAAAAACACAAGCUGAAACAACUCAGGCUGUUCCUGGAGUUGGCCGCGCAGGAUGGGAGGUUGAGGAAAUAGCAGGUGACAAGGAUAAGAGAGAGAGAAGCAAGGAUAGAGGAAGAGAUCGUGAUGAUAGGGAGAGGGACAGGUAUAGGAGUCGAGAUUAUGAUAGGCACAGGGAGAGAGAUCGAGGUUACGAGUAUGAUCGGGACCGAGACUAUGGGCGGGAACGAGAGCGUGAUAGAGACCGUGGUAGGUACCGUUGAAAUUUUUGGCUUCUGGGAGUGCCUCGACUCUUAAUCAUAUGGUCGGAAACGUGUUCCAUUUGUUUACUUAGUAUGGAUGGUGAUGGUUGCAACUUUAGACCUUUAUGUUUAUGCUUAUUCAUGAUCUCGGCUGUGUUCACAACACAAAAUGCGUGGUUUUGUAAUGGAAUUUUGGAUGCAAACUGAUGAAUUUCAUGUGUGAAUGAUGCUUUCUGAUCUACAAAGUGCAAAUUAGCACUCA